AUGUCUCCCUCAUCUGGGGUACCGCCUACACCCGAUUCUAGCUCGAUGAUGAUCCGACACUCUCCAAGAGCUUCUUCGUCUCGAACUACCGGCAAUCCUCCGGUUAGUCCGGCGGGGAGCUCGAAGCCAUCCCAUGACACCCCGCUGAGUCCAGGUAGAAAAAGAAGGAAGGUGACUAGGAGUAAGCUAGGCUGCCUGACAUGUCGUAAGAGGAGGAAGCUGUGUGACAUGAUGAAGCCCACAUGCGGUGCUUGUACACGACUACAACUGGAUUGCAAUUGGCCUCCGGAAGAGCCAGCUCGUCCUGCAAGACGACGAUCUCAGCAAUCAUCUGUACCUUCUCCUUCCCCAUCUAUCGUAAAUCCUCCACCGACCAUAGCAGCUGCAACAACGCUUCCCUUUGCCCAACCUCCCGAGUCACGCUUGCCAUUCAUGGUGCCACCCAACGAUGCUCUAUCAUCUAUCCCAGCAACAAACACCAUGGACGACUUCGUUGGCAUAUUCGGGACUAUCGAUGGGAAUCAGAAUACGGCUACAUCGGGAAACGUCAAUUCUGUCAAUGGUACGAACAUUCUGAGUAAUACGAUCGGUAAUCAUCAGCUAUCCAAUAAUGAUCAUAUGGAAUCUGGGGAUACAAGUCUGCUAGACUGGUUGUCUGGAGGUGGUAAUCUGGAUGAGGCAACAUUACAAUUAUGGGCUGCAGAUUGUCUCGCUGUACCUACCACUCAAACUUUCAACGCAUUUGAUUCACUCAACAGCGUCUUACUCCAACAAACUCCUCCAUCGCAUCCUGAUCCAGUGAUUGAUCCCACACUAAUAUCGUCUAAUGGGAAUAACGCUGAAGCCGGGCCAUCGGCUCCUCGUCCCGCACAAUCACGUACUGCAUCCCGUCGACCAUCCCACUCACCAUCAUACAGAGGCAGCGAUACCCCACCGAUAAACUCCCAGACUGACUUAUUGACAUAUUUUCACGAAUCUCUCUCCAGGCUGGUCUCAUGUACCGGAGAAUCCGCUCCUAGCGCUUUCGAAUCAUUUACAAAAUUGGCAAAUAUGACUGCUGGCAGAGGUCCUGCAGGGCAGAGUUUACAUCUCAGUAUCUUAGCUUGGGCAGCAAGGCAUAUGGUUAAUAGAGGAUUGGCGAAAUAUGAAGCAGUCAGCGAGAAAUUUAGUCUACAAGCUACGACCCAUUUGGAUAACCGCAUGAACCAGUUGUUCGAUAAGAGGGGGAAAGAGAAAGCUCAGAAUUCCUCAGCUGAUGGAGCAGAACAUCACGAUAAAGAUACGGAGAAAAUGACACUUUUAGCUGCUGCAUUGAUGAUAAUGCAGUUCAAGAUAUGCCGAGGGGAUGUAUGGGGCUUCAAUGCUCUAGUCCAGCAUCUCACUCGGCUCGUGCCGUAUGUCUUCACAAGUGAAGACCUUGACUCGCAGCCUGACUCGAUGCUUACUUCCUUCUUCGAGAAUUUACUCUAUCAUGAUGUACUUGGAUCGUUCAUCUUUACUCAAGCACCGAUGAUACCCAAAUCCAUCGCGCAGAAAUACAGUCGUGCUGGUCUAGAUACCCUUCAUACACUCACUGGAGUCAGUUUACCUCUGUUCUCAAGAAUGCAUCGACUGGCAGAACUCAUACGUUUGAGACGAUCAAGAAGGCAUAAAGGGUGGAGCGAUGAACACCUCCUGGACGUUGUAAAACCGGCUUUGCAGAUUGAAGCGGAAUUAAAUGAGGAGAAGAUCAGGCUUGAUGCUUUAGUGAUAUCCAAACCACAUAUACAAGCUCAUCGAUAUUUGCACGAAGCGUUCCGUACAGCUUGUCUGCUGCAGCUGAGAUGUUUCGUACUUUGUGAACCACCCAGCUCGCUACAUAUUCGCUUACUGGUGCGACAAUGUCUUUCAUUGCUGGAAGCGAUGUUGGAUGAGCGCCUACCUGGAUUAUGCUCUGCACAUUGGGUGAUAUUCCAAGCUGCGCUAUGUGCGAUACCCGGUGGACAAGAAGCUGAGGAGAUGGAUGAUAGAGAUAGGAGUGAUAGGAUAUAUGACGAUAUCUACGCGGAAUUUGGUUUUCGAAAUGUUGAAAGAUCCCGUAAGAUCGUACAUGAGUUAUGGAAGAAAAAUGCAGAUGGGAAGGUAUUUGUAGAUUGGCUUGACGUACUGGAAGAGAAUGAUUGGGAAAUAUAUGUUGUAUGA